GUCUCUAGUCAUCAAUUCCUUCACGUUCGAAGAACCGUGAUUUGAUUCCAAGAUAAAAAUCACACUUAAUUCCCUUUCCAGUCGUUUUCACCCUCCGUCAGGAUGAGGACGGAGGUAUUUUGUCUGCUAAUCUGUCUUGGUGCUGUUACUUCCUUAUCGAGAAAAGAAGAGGCAGCGGAGCAAAGCCGUAGGAAAGUAGCGUUACCAGCGUUGCACAAAAAGCCGGCUCCACCGGAGGAGCAAGGCGAAUACGACGAAGACGAAUUUCAGGAUCAAUGUCCUGAACCCAACGGUUAUUUUCCUGACCUAGAACAAUGUGACAAGUACUACGAUUGUAGGGACGGCAGAGUCUCCGAGAAACUUUGUCCAGACGGUUUAGUAUUCAACGAUUUCAGCCCUCAACACGAAAAAUGCGAUCUGCCCUUCGGAAUUGAUUGCUCGAAAAGACCGAAAUUACAGAAACCACAGCCGUCCCCGCAUUGCCCACGGAUGCACGGCUACUUCGCUCAUGAGGAUCCCCGGAUAUGCAACACGUUCUACUACUGCGUCGAAGGGAAGUUCAAUAUGAUCACCUGUCCGGACGGUCUGGUCUUCUCCGAGAAGACUGGCAUUUGCAAUUGGCCCGACGAAGCGCAGAAGAAGGGCUGCGGUUCUAGAGAACUUUUCAAUUUCACUUGCCCGAAAGUCGACGAGGCGAUCGCCGCCACGCAUCCCAGAUAUCCUGACACCGAGGACUGCCAAUACUUUUAUGUCUGCGUGAACGGCGAAGUGCCCAGAAGGAGCGGUUGCAAAUUAGGACAAGCUUUCGACGAAAGGACUGGGAAGUGCGACUGGGCAAGAAAAAUACCGGAAUGCAAAGAUUGGUACAAAGGCCAGCUGACUGACGAGGAAUUAGAUGCACUAGAGAAUCCACCGCCGAAACCGAAACCCACUGGUGGGCCUAGCAGAAGAAAAACCACCAAACGGACGUAGAUUUAAGGAUAAAUUCAUAUGUAGAUUUUAAUAUGCAUUGACUUAUUAAAACAUCACUUGGAGAAUAAAACAAUUUUAAUAGAAUUGUCUUUAUUUUUUGUCGAUACAAUGAAGAAACACGAUGAAAUGGCAAAAUUGUAUGUGGUUGUUAAUUGAGGGACAGGAGAUUA